AUACACUUCACCAAAAACUUAGAAUCCACAAUUCUUUAUUUUCGGUGAUUAAAGUUGUGGUACAAAGUUCUCUUAAACAACGUUUGCAUAUUUAUUUUUUAUUACUACCGUCCAUCAUCAAUUCUAUCGAUUUGCUGAAGAUCGCGCAUGUUGACUUGUGAUUUUCGUAACGCUUUGAAUCCAAAUUGCUUUCUUUGAAAGAAGAAAUUAUUUUUCUUACUUUGGAUAGAGAAUUGGAUCCUGUAGGAGGUUAAUCGACUCUACACGGUUUCAUAUAUUAAACCUUUGAAAGUCGACAAGGAUUUUUCUUGGUAAUCUACUUCUUAAUCUUCUUUUCUUAGUUAAGUAUUUACCGCUCUUUUCUGUUAGACAUGCUAUACUUUGUUAUGAUAAGUCUCUAAAUCGUUAGUUCUGUUAAUCGUGUCCAUACUUAUGUCCCAUAACCUAAAGAUUUAUUUUCUUUUUGCUCUUUGCAGUUUUUUUAUUUGGGUAUUUUUUCGGAGUUUUGUCAUAAAAAUUGUCUACUUAUGGGCGACUGGUUAUUUUAUUUGGUUUCAUUUGCAUUCAAAGCAUCUCGGUACCUUCACUUCAAUCAAUUCGGCUGAGCCAUUUCUCGUGGAUCCUACAGUUUUUCGGAAACGGAGUCAAAAUCUACUAAAAUCGAGAUUCCUACUGAGGCAAGCUUUAUGUCCAGGAUAUCCAGAGAUUUCAGAAGAAAUAGAGUUCAUCCUGGAAAUUUUCAUGGAAAAAUACGUGAAAAAAUGGUCAUCUCUAAUUAUUGGCGAACCUACCAUUCCUAAUAGUAUUGAGGAUCAUUUUCGAAAAUGUAUUCAUACCCUAUUUUUGAGUGUUGAGACGGUUGACUUUGCAGAUGUUCUCAUUAAGAAAAUCUUACCACUGCUUACAAAGCACCUGCGUCUUUUUAUCGAAGCAGAGCAACUCGUUGUUGGCCACAAGGCUGUUUCUUUUACUGACCAUUCUGAGCUUUCAAAAGAAAUAGCUGCGAAAUAUAAUAAUGGAUCAUUACAUAAAGCUAUUCUUUUGUCGGGAAAUCCGAUGGUUGCUCAAAAAAAGUAUUUGAGAAAUUGGACCAUCCAGGUUUUAUCAAUAAUACUCCCUAAUUACUACCAAACAAGCCCUCUAGUAAUCUCAUUAAUUACGGAAAUAAUAAUUAAUGCUGCGCUUCUUCCGUUAAUAUCCUACGUUUCUGACCCCGAUUUCUUCAAUUACUUGAUUAUUCAAGGUAGUGGAAGUAUUAUAGAACGACGCAGAAAGAUACGUCGCUUAAAGCAUGCUAUACGCAAGUUGUCUUCAAAUUCUCAAAUUGGGGCACGCAGGCUAGGACUCAAAGAUAGCCAACAUGCUUUCGACCAAUAUAUUAGGGAAAUCCGUCGUAUUUCUAAUAUUUCUGAUGCAAGGCGUUUGCGAUCCGAGUUGUUAGUGCAAAGGCGACAAUUAGAUCAACACACCCCCUUUAGUUCUGAGCUUCAACAAUAUCAUGAACGUUUACGAGUUGCUAUAAAUACAACUGAAAAAAGAAUAUCCGUUCUUUCUGGAUUCCCUUUUCAAAGGAGGCAGUCUGCCCUCGUUGAACAAGCUCAGUCUUUGCAGCAAAUAUUGUCUGAUUCCGCAGCAGUUUCAUGCUUCUUGGAAUUUAUGGAACGUAGGCAUAGGUCCCAUUUACUUCAUUUCUGGCUUGUAGUGGAAGGAUUAAAAGAAUCACAAGAUGAUCCUUUGAAUGCACACAUAAUGGCUCCUUUUUCUGAUAUUUUUUCAGAUUAUACUGAUUUUACAGCCAUUGCUAAAUCUUAUAUAAAAAGAAAUGAGAAUCCCUUUGAAAUACCAGAUUCCUUGGUGAAUUCUGUGUACUCUUUCAUUAGCCAACCCGAAAAUAAUCUCUCGUCUGAACUUUGGAUUGAGGCCAGGAAUGCUAUGCUGGCCGCUCAGGAGCAUGUUUUUAAUAUCAUGCAUAAUGACGAUUACUUGGAAUUUGUAAAUAGUGAUAUAUAUUAUCGCUUUCUUGCUCAAGACGUUAUUUCAGACCAGAAGUCAUUAACAUCAUCCACUGCAUACAGUCCUAUAAACGAUACUCUAGAUAAUCCUCCAAAUUCUUCCAGACAAGCUUCGAUAAAAAGCAUAUCUUCUUCUUCAAAAUCUUUCAAUUCUUCUGCAUCAGUUCCAUUGUCCAUGCCUUCCUUGAGAAAGGAUACUACUUUGAACGAUGUGGAUUUAGAAGACACAAUUAGUAGUGAUGAAGAAGAGGUGCUUUUUGCUUCCCCGGGUGAUCUUCAGUUAUCUGAGGCGAUUGAAGAACUUCACGCGGACAUCCAAGAGUUUGAAAACCAACUUCACGCCUUGAGCACAAUGAUGAAGAAAGCCGAAUUAAUCUCAGAUCAAAAACAGUUUAAAAGUCUGUCUAAAAGCUAUCAAGCUAUAGAAAAGGCCGUAAAUCGAAAAAAAAGACAAGUGGAUCAAUAUUUGUCACAAGAAGAAGACAGUAAAUUGUAUAAUCGUUCCAGGGUUUCCAUUGAUUCUUAUAAACUUUGUAAGGAUGAGAACGAACAAGAAUAUGCUGUCUAUACGAUUCGUAUUGAACGCCUGGAGGGAGAUAUAAUAAGGUCAGGUUGGAUGGUCGCUAGAAGAUAUCGAGAAUUUGCUGAAUUGCAUAAGCAAUUGAAGCAAAUGUUUCCACAAGUACGCUCGCUUAAAUUUCCCAAUAAAACCGUUAUCCCUUCAAUAACUAAGUCGAUUUUGGAAUAUAGAAAAACGGCCCUUGAAGAAUACUCGCAAGCUAUUUUUCAGAUGCCUGACGUUUGCGAUAGCAAAAUUUUAAGAAUGUUUCUAUCUCAACAGAACGUUACUGCACCUCAAAUGUUCAAUCCAAAGAUAGUCGGUGAAAGAUGGAAGCGCUCGUUGGAGACACUGGGUUUUGAAGUAAACGGUUCGUUUAAAUUGUCACAAGCCGAUAGUACAUCCUCUUUUUCAGCUCCUAUAUGUGAAUUUUUGAUUGAGCUCUUUUCACCAAAUAAUGAUAUAAAGCAACAGUGGAUGCCGAAAAAAGCAUAUAUUUCCAUUCUAGAACAACUAUUCGGAGGUGCUCUGGAAAAACGUAUACGAACACAAAUGCAUCAGUGGGUCAAUCAAGAGCGAAUAUAUCAGAAAGUCCACCAGCUUCGACAUGAAUUAAGUGGAAUCAAGAAACCUGGACGAUCGGCAGCUGGGUCUAGUCGUGCUCGUAAACCAGCUUAUGCUGAUCGAAAUCAACUGAAAGCUGAGGCUGGUAUCAUGCUUGCAUCUAUGUUUCCUGGAUAUACGCCUGACAUAGCCGUUAAAAGAAUUUUCCGAAUCUUACAAAACCAAACACUUAAUGCACAUAUAAUUUAUACCUUGCUAGAUGAAGCACUGGAAGGUUUAAAGCAGCAUAAAGAGGAUUCAGCAACAAAACCAUAGCUUACGAGCUUUCUCCCGACUCCUUCCGGUUUAAUAAUCAUCGUACUAAUUUGCUACGCUUAAUAUUUGCUCUAAUCGUGAUCAAUUUACAGAUUUUAAUAUUGAAACUUAUCUUCUUAACAUUUAUGAUGCCCUAUUUCAAUCGGUAGCGACGCUGGAUUGCACCAGGACAUAGACCUGAUAAUUAUUUGUAGAUUUUGGCCUGAAAAUAAGAGCCAUAUUAAUCUUCAUUCGCCUACAGUUUGUAAUCUACUAGCCUUUUUCGUUUACUGGGGUGUAGACCAACAGCUAUAUUAGACUAGGUACAGCGCAAAAGGACCGUGAAGCAUUCAACAUCCAGUGUUCCAAACCCCGUUUGGUGCCUUAACAUAUAAAUAGUAAAUUUACAAGCGAUUAAUUAGGGAAUGACAUGUAUGCGACCACUCCUUUACUCUGGCUUCUGUUCAAUUGACGAUGAAAGGCAGUGAAUGCAAGACUCUUGACAUGAAGUUUUAAUUUGUAAUGAUAUCUUUAUUUCUUCUACUCUAAUGGGAUCAACUUUAAACGAUUGAUCUUUUAGGAAAUUCUAAACAGAAGAAUUGAUCUGGGAAGUUGAAUUUUGAAUUUUUAAAAAUUCGUUAAUAAGUAACACGAGUAACAC